AUGUGGCUCCUUGACACCCAAACACUAAAAUUGCAGGAAAUCGUCGAUCCGUCAACCGUCAAUUAUGCGAUUCUCUCGCACACGUGGGAGCACGAUGAAGUAUCAUUCCAGGACAUUUCCGACCUCGAUUCGGCUCGAAAGAAAGCCGGCUUUGCCAAAAUCUCAAAGACCUGCGAAUUAUCUCGCCAAAGGAGCAUCCCAUACGCUUGGGUCGAUACUUGCUGCAUCGAUAAGUCAAGUAGCGCGGAACUGAGCGAAGCCAUCAACUCCAUGUUCCAAUGGUACAAACUUUCAGUCGUAUGCUUUGUUUACUUAUCGGAUUUCACAUUUGACAAGGCGCUUAAUAGUAGCAGAUGGUUCACUCGUGGCUGA